AGUGAAGUUGUCGAAGUGACAUGGAACGUCACAGUAAUUACCCAGCGUGUGAUCAGUAAGUAGUGUGUGCGGUGUGCUGCUCGUCCAUGGUGCUGUUGUAAGGUGUGCUGCAGUCUCUUAUAAGAAACACCAUGUCUAUGUGGAUUCAGGCCCAGCAGCUGCAGGGUGAAGCCUUGCACCAGAUGCAGGCUCUGUAUGGCCAACACUUCCCCAUCGAGGUGCGACAUUACCUGGCCCAGUGGAUUGAGACUCAGCUCUGGGACUCAGUGGAGCUGGACAACCCGUCAGAGGAGGCCAAGGCCAAGCGUUUGUUGGACAGCCUGGUGGCAGAGCUGCAGAGAAAAGCUCAGCUUCAGGGAGGAGAGGAUGGCUUCCUCCUGAAGAUCAAACUGGGUCACUACGCCAACCAGCUGAAGAGUACUUAUGACCGUUGUCCUUUGGAGCUGGUUCGGUGCAUCAAACACAUUCUACAGUCAGAGCAGAGGCUGGUUCAAGAGGCUACAAAUGCCACUUGUGGCGGCGACGCUCAGUCCAUGGACAGCCUGUCACAGCGCCACCAGCAGAUUAACCAGACCUUUGAGGAGCUGCGAUUGGCCACUCAGGAGACGGAAAACGAACUGAGGAAGCUGCAGCACAGCCAGGAGUACUUCAUUAUCCAGUACCAGGAGAACCUACGCAUCCAAGCUCAGCUCAGCAGCCUGGCGUCGCUGCCCCCCACUGAACGAACUCAGAGAGAGACCACCCUGCAGAGUAAGAGGGCUACCGUGGAGGCCUGGCUCACCAGAGAGGCCAGCACUCUGCAGAAAUACAGGCUGGAUUUAUCUGAACAGCAUCAGAAGACUCUGAACCUCCUGAGAAAGCAGCAGACCCUGAUCCUAGAUGACGAGCUCAUUCAGUGGAAGAGAAGGCAACAGCUGGCUGGAAACGGGGGUCCACAUGAGGGGGGGCUGGACGUCCUCCAGUCCUGGUGUGAGAAACUGGCAGAUCUGAUCUGGCAGAACCGGCAGCAGAUCCGGCGCUGCGAACAUUUGACCCAGCAGCUGCCUCUUCCUGGCCCCAUGGAGGAGCUAUUGAGCAAACUCAACGCAGACAUCACCGACAUCAUCUCUGCCCUGGUCACCAGCACCUUCAUCAUAGAAAAGCAGCCGCCCCAGGUGUUGAAGACUCAGACCAAAUUUGCGGCUACAGUGCGCCUCCUGGUGGGUGGAAAACUCAAUGUCCACAUGAACCCACCUCAGGUCAAAGCUGUGAUCGUGAGUGAGCAGCAGGCCAAAGCUCUCCUGAAGAACGAGAGCACACACAGUGAAAGUAGUGGAGAAAUCCUCAACAACAACUGUGUGAUGGAGUAUCAUCAGGCCACUGGGACACUCAGCGCACACUUCAGAAACAUGUCACUGAAGCGGAUCAAGCGUUCAGAUCGUCGAGGCGCAGAAUCAGUGACAGAGGAGAAGUUCACUGUCCUGUUUGAAUCUCAGUUCAGUGUCGGAGGAAACGAGCUGGUGUUCAAUGUCAAAACGUUAUCGCUCCCUGUGGUGGUGAUCGUCCACGGCAGCCAGGACAACAACGCCACGGCCACCGUCCUGUGGGACAACGCCUUCGCUGAGCCGGGCCGAGUCCCCUUCAUCGUACCAGACAAAGUCCUGUGGCCCCAGCUCUGUGAGGCCCUCAACAUGAAGUACAAGGCAGAGAUGCACAGUGGGCGGGGCUUGACCGAAGACAACCUGGUGUUCCUCGCACAGAAGGCCUUUACGAGCAGCAGCAACAACCCUGAAGACUAUCACAACAUGACCAUAUCCUGGGCCCAGUUCAACCGGGAGAGCUUACCAGGACGAAACUUCACUUUUUGGCAGUGGUUUGAUGGAGUUGUGGAGCUUAUGAAGAAACAUCUCAAGCCUCACUGGAAUGAUGGGGCCAUUCUGGGCUUUGUUAACAAGCAGCAGGCUCAGGACAUGCUGUUGUCCAAACCCAACGGAACCUUCCUGCUGCGCUUCAGUGACUCUGAGAUUGGAGGCAUCACCAUCGCCUGGGUGGCAGAAAACCCCAACAAGUCAGGUGAGAGGCUGGUCUGGAAUCUGCUGCCGUACACCACCAAAGACUUCUCCAUCCGCUCUCUGGCCGACCGCAUCAGCGACCUCAACCACCUGCUGUUUCUGUAUCCGGACCGGCCCAAAGACGAGGUUUUUGCCAAGUACUACACCCCCCCUCUCUCAAAAGCCCCAGUGGAUGGAUACGUCAAACCACAGAUCAAGCAGGUUGUACCAGAGUUCACCACUCCAAACCCUGAACCCAGCGGAGGAGCUUCGUCCUUCAUGGACCAGACCGCCUCCCCCUCUGUGGGACACCCCAACAGCUUUGGAGUCUACCCCCCCAUGGGCGACGCCAUGCUGGACGCAGAUGGAGACUUCGACCUGGAGGACACCAUGGACGUGGCCCGUCACGUGGAGGAGCUGCUGCGCCGGCCCAUGGCCAACCAGUGGAGCAACCAGCAACCCUGAAGCUCCACCCAGAAGCUGCUGCAGAGCCUCUGGUCCCCUCCAUGUUCCUGAGCACAAACAGCUCAUUACUACUCACUAACUCUGCUCACUGUCACCAGCCCACAGGACCUGGAGAAGGUAACACCUCCCACAAAGAGUCUCCCCCUCGUAGAUUCUCAGGGCUGUGGUGUACAGGUGUUUGUACCAAUGGAACCACACACACAAACUGUUCCUUCAUCCACUCAUGUGUAUGUAUCUAACAUGUCCUGGUGAUAUGGGGAGACUUUGGCAUGAAACCUACAACUUCAGAGUAGGAAUGGACACUUUGGCAAAAAUAAGAACCCUGAUAAGAUCCAGAUGAUGGAUAAAAUCUAAACAUUCAUGAGAUAAAGGUAAAAUGACAGAUACUACUAUCGCCGCGUUUCCACUAUGUGGUAUCGGCUCUACUCCACUCGACUCGGCCUUUUUGCAUUUCCAUUACGAAAAAGGACUUGGAAUCUGGUACCUGGUACUAGUUUUUUGGUAUCACCUCCGCUGAGGUUCCAGGACUGGGGACCAGAUACUACAACGUCACGUGUAAACACUGCAGACCACUGAUUGGUCAGAGUCGUCUCUGUGACCCGCCGAGGAGGUUCAGAUUUAAAAAUUCCGCAUGAGCUUGACGAGACAACACGCAACAAGUGAGUUUAUCAGCAACUCUCUGAGCAGAUGACACGGAAGUAACGCACUGCAUCACUAUGACGUCCAGGUACUGUAAAGUGGGUAGUAUCCUGUAAUGGAAAUGGUCUCCAGGAAUAGUAACUGGUACCCGAGUCGAGCCGAGCCGAGCUGAGUCGAGCCGGUUCCACGUAGUAGAAACGUGGCAUAUGUAUUCAAAUAAGUCUGGUUCAUGUGUAAAUGAGACCAAAACACGUUCAAACCCUUAUUUGUGGUUUUAACUUCAUGUCACCGUUCGUUUGGCCAUUUUUCCAAAUGCAUGUUGCAUUUGUUUCUUGUGUAUCAUGGACUGUUAAGUUUAUCCAAACAGUGUAAAAGAGCCCCUCAUCACUGA